CUUAUAGUUUAAGAUUUGUUAGUGUGACUAGUGCAGACUGAUAAACUUUAUUUCCCAUGCACAGGCUAAUGCUCAUGUGGGAAUAAAUUCCUAGUAAAAAAUUGUUCAUUAAUUUUUAUCAUUCUGUGCGUAUCAUAUCUAUAUCAUUUUAGAUAUCUUAUAUCAUAUCUAUUGAUCAAUCCAUCAUACUAUAUACAUAACAUUGGGACAUCUAGUCGAUUAAAUAUUAUUUAGGUUUAGAAUUAAUUCAUCAAACUUAAAAAAGAUUCAAGAAGUUUGUUGCAACAGAAUAUUUACAAUUACACAACUACAGAUAAUUUUGUGUGAACAGGUUGCUUGUCAAUGUAUGCAAGAACUGGAUCUUGUUGUACCAGACCUGUGUAAGUCUGAUACCUAAAACUUUUUUAUUAUUUUCGGUUUUAAUGAAAGUUUUGUUAUCAAAUAUUAAAAUUUUAGUCUAAAAUAGUUUCAAGCAGUAGCUACUGGAAGCUUAUGGCAGUUUUCUUAAAAUGUACAGUUUGGGGUCCUUUUGCUCUUAUCUUAAAAAAGCGUUCUUUAUUGCUCUCUGGGGUCUUUUUGCUCCUGUUGACUUAGACAAAUAUAGAACAAAAUAAUUGUUUAAAAACAUAAAAAAGUAAGUUUUAAAUUUAUUGAUGUUUAGAAUAGUAUAGAAUGUUUUUGUAUUUUAUAAAGAACAUUUGUUGCAAUUUCUCAACAUAUUACUUAUGUAAAUAUUCUAGUUGUCUAUAUGCUACAUAAGAAAGUAACAAGAAAAAAGUAUUCUUUAAUGCUCUCCGGAGUCUUCAUGUUCUGAAACAUCAUGUUGUAGACUGACUAUUUUUUUUUUUAGAAAGGAGUUCACUAUGGGCUUACAAAAAAAAUCAGUGGGAAGAGAACAACCUAUGACAGUAAUGUAAAAGUGCUGAGCAAUUUAUUGUUUGGAAAAACUGAAAGUUAGGCUUAAAGAAAGACAACACUAUACAUGCAACCAUACAAAAAAUACAUGUAGAUGCCUGGAAGGAUUAAAAGAUAAUACUGUUUGAAAAGAGACCCACAAAGAUCACUAUAUGGUCCUUGUUAUAGAAUAAAUACAAUUUGAUUUGCAUUUAAAAAACUUUUCAGGGUUCUGAGAAUGACCUCCAAAAUUGAAUAUUAUUCUCUAAUUAAUACUUAAGCAUAGUAAAAAUAAGUAAUGACUGUUUCAGCUCAUUUGACUAAGUUCCUUAAAUCCUUAAUUCGUUAAUCUUUUUUCACAAAGUGUGAAGCAAAAUUUGCACAUCAUUUUCUCUUCCCUAAAAUCAAAUAAUAUAACUAAUACAAAUCUGUUCAGCUAAAUACUUAGUUACCAAUUUCUAGCGACUAAUGUCCUCAUGCACAUUCACAUGUCUACAGUCUCCUCCGAACUGCUUGUUGGUCAAUUUGCUCUCAGAUCACCUUCAAGGAACUCACAACAGCUACACAUUCAUCACCAAAUCCUGUCUAAAUCAUCAUAUAUGUUCUAAUGCAGCAUAUUCUGGUUUAAAACCAAACUAAACCACAGUUUUUGUUCCAUCUUAGUUCUUCAUCAAGCAAACUGUGAAUGGCUAUUUGUCCAGAUAAGAAUAAUGACAAAAAUGGUGAGUGUAGCUAAAACUUGAAGGUAAAUAGUUCUGCAACUUUCCAAGAAAUGACAUUACUUGUAAGUCUAUAAAAACCCCUUUUAUAAUCAUUAGACUUUUUCUUUUUUCUGUCAGUUAGAGAUAAAAUUUAUCAACACCACGUUGGAUGAAUGAUGGUCAGGCACUAUUUUUACUUGUUUGCUUUUCAGCAUUGUUAAACAUUCCUAACUACUACUCCAAGAUGUACAACAAUAUGUACACAACACAUAAUUUGGGAGUAGUGGAUGAUCCAUGUAAAUCAAUUGCAGAUUAGUGGCAUCCUUAUGGAAACUGACGUUCUUGCAUGUAUAUCAGCAGCAUCUUUUCAUUUUGCUUUCGGUGUCGUAAUAGGAUUUUCUGCAAUCCUGAUCCCUCAACUAGAAUCACCUGACUCUGACAUUCCAGUCACCAAAGAAGACAUAUCAUGGAUUGCAAGUGUACAACCACUGGUAUCGCCCAUAAGCUCACUGCUGACAGGAUACCUGGUGGACAAGCUAGGCCGACUCAACACUAUCAAGGUGGCUGUGGCACCUUAUCUGAUUGGAUGGUUCUGUAUAGCAUUGGCUCACGACUUUAACCUCUUGAUGAUUGGGCGAGUGCUCACUGGCAUUUCUUCAGGUCUGGCCUGCAAUCCAGCAGUGGUUUAUAUCACAGAAGUAGCAAGACCUGUAUACAGAGGGGCUUUAAUAUCUCUGGCCAUUUCAUUGGCAUCAACUGGAGUGAUUGUGGUGUAUGCCAAAGGAGCUGUCCUCCACUGGCGAACCAUAUCCUGGAUAUCUAUGUCCUACUGUAUACUACCUCUUUUACUGAUGUCCUUGCUAGCCCCAGAGAGUCCUGUCUGGUUGAUAUCAAGAGGCAGGACUGAGCAAGCUUCCAUGUCACUCACUUACUUUCACAAGAAGGACAAAAAGGCAGGCUCAGCAGAACAAAAGCUAGAGGAGCUGCUGAAAGAACACAACAGGAAACUCAGCCAAGGAAACCAGAAUAGACCGUCUUUUUUAAGACAGUUAAGAGCAUUCUUACGGCCAACAGGGUACAAACCAAGCCUUCUUCUAACUUUGAUCUUCAUUUUCCAACAGUUUUCUGGAAUUUAUAUUACAAUCUUCUAUGCAGUAACACUGUUGAAGAGUCUUGGAACCUCUAUGGAUCCUAAUGUUGGUUCAAUCAUUCUUGGAGUUGUGCGGCUGAUUACGGGUCUUCUCACUUUGAUCUUGUUGAAGAAGUACGGCCGCCGACCGCUCUUCAUAGUGAGUUGUAUCGGAAUGGCUAUUUUCAUCUUUAUAUCUGGCUACUACACAAAAGAAAUUACAGGAGGGCGCAUGGAGAAGAGCAUUAUUCCUGUAUUCUGUAUUCUGAUGUACGUCAGUGUGGCUUCCUUUGGAUUCAUGAGUAUUCCAUGGACAAUGACUGCUGAACUAUUCCCCAUCGAGAUCCGAGGCAUUGCCCAGAGCUUGAUGAUGGCAGUAGCCAACAUAAUCUUGUUCAUAGUGCUCAAAAUCUAUCCGUUCUUGGACGAAAUGUUCGGAGGUGCCUACGCUGUUCAGUGGAUGUUUGCAACUGUCUCAGCUGCUUCUUCUGUGAUAAUCUUCGUGUUCAUGCCAGAAACCCAUAACAAAGAACUUUCAGAGAUCCAAGAGUAUUUCACAAACAAUACCAUUUAUAUUUUUAGGAGAAAGAAAAAAGAAUCUGAAGAAUUUGGAGAGGAAAUGAUUCAUCUUAAGGACACAGUACAGCAAUUAGCACAAGAUCGAUAUGUUGAUAAUAGAAUUGCAGAAAGCAACUUCAUACUGGCUGUUGAUGAACUCAAAUUAGAGGCUCCACCACUCCCUCUUACAGUCUUCUCGGCACUCGUUACAGUUUUAGGUGUGAGCACAGGAAAUCCUUCCAUGGAGGUACUAGCCUGUGUAUCAGCAUCAAUAUUCCACUUUGCAGUGGGAGGUAUCAUUGGAUUUUCAGCAAUUUUGAUUCCCCAACUUGAACGAUCGGAUUCUAGCAUAAAUGUUACCAAAGAAGAUGUCUCAUGGAUAGCAAGCAUUGUGCCCCUGGUAGCACUAGUUGGUUCUAUUCUGGGAGGAUGCCUUGUGGAUAGGAUAGGUCGUGUCAAGACUAUCAAGGUAGCAGCGGUACCUUUCAUAAUCGGCUGGCUAUGUAUUGCUACAGCCAACAACCUGGUCCUAUUACUGCUUGGACGACUACUCACUGGUGCAUCAAUGGCACUUUCUUUCAACACUGCAACUGUAUAUGUGACAGAGGUGGCUAAGCCUAAGAAUAGAGGGGUCCUCACCUGCACUCAAACUUCACUAGUGUCCUUAGGAAUGAUAUGCAUGUCUGCAAAAGGAGCCUUUUUUCAUUGGAGGACCAUUUCCUGGAUAUCUAUAUCCUUCUGCAUCCUGCCUCUCCUGCUGAUAUCUUUAUGGUCUCCAGAAAGUCCUGCCUGGCUAGUAUCCAGGGGAAAAUCUGAGCAGGCACUUAAGUCUCUCUUAAUACUAUACCAGAAGGAAAACAUAGCAGAGCAGCAACUAGAAAAACUGAUCAAAGAACUAAACAAAAAGCAAAGACAAGAAUAUCAAAGUAGUUCUGCUUUUUGGACACUUAUACAAGGCCUGACUAAACCAACUGGCUACAAACCUGCACUUCUUCUCAUUGUUAUUUUUAUCCUCCAACAGUUUUCAGGAAUUACAGUCACAAUUUACUACAGUGUCUCUUUCUUCCAGAGUGUAGGUACAUCAGUUGACCCUUUCCUGAGCUCUGUUGGGGUUGGAGUUGUGAGACUAAUCACGACUGUCGUUACUUCUGUCCUGUUGAGACAUUUUGGCCGUCGACCUCUGUUCAUAUACAGCAGUAUUGGUAUGGCCAUUUCAAUAUUCAUAGCUGGAUAUCUUACCAAGGAAAUACAAAAUGAAAAUGUAGAGAAGAACUCCUUACCAAUACUGUUCAUUUUAAUGUACGUGAGUCUUGGCAGUAUUGGGUUCAACACCAUUCCCUGGAUAAUAAGUGCUGAAUUGUUUCCAAUAGAGAUCCGAGGUAUGGCCCAAAGCCUUAUAAUGGGAAUUGCCUUCUUUAAUGUAUUCUCUAUUGUCAAGAUAUACCCCUUUAUGGACGAAGCACUUGGUGGAUCCUUUCGAGUCCAAUGGAUGUUUUCUAUUGUCUCUCUAAUUGGUGCACUCUUUGUAUUCGUAUUCCUACCAGAGACUCACAAAAAGGAACUUAUUGAAAUUGAAGAAUAUUUUAAGAAUAACUCAGUUUAUCCAUUGAGACAUAAAAGGCAAACAAGAGAACUGGCCGAAGAAGCUGCGCUUGAAAUGAUUAAACAAUAAUGCAGCAGAAUUUGAUAAAAUUUAAGAGAUAACAUUAACUAAAUAUGCUGAUUGCUUACAAAUACAAGAGAGUUUAUUUGUAGAUUUCAUGACAUGUACAGGAUAUUUUAGAAUUCUUGCCAGGUGAUGAUGUGAACAUUAAAUACUAGUCCUCAAGAUCUACAGGAUCGUCAUCUGAUUCUCAAAGGAUUGGCCAACCCUAAAUGGCUCUUGACAAACCUACAAAUGUUGAAGCUGUGAUGCCUCUUCAAGACCAUACUGCAUGUGUGUCCAUGUGUACUUAAUGAUUUAUGGAAUUGUGGAGUUUUUGUAUUUAACGUUAGUUGUAAUUGUGUUAACUUUAAAACCACCGCAGAAAUUGAAUGCUAGAGCCAACUUAUUGUAAAGUGCAAACUUUCGGUUUCCUGUAAUUGGGAAAAAAUUAUAAACAUUGUCUUUUAUUAUUAAAUAUUGUAGGUUUAAUAG